UAGGAUUCUUGAGAGUACUAAUGAGAACAAUAAUUUUCCAUUUAGUAGAAUGAAAAAUUAUUGAGAAGUUUAGAAGGGAGAAGAUUUUAUCAGUGGAUUAGUUAAAAACAAAACGAAACAGCAAAAUCCAAAGUCCAGAGGAAGGCCCAGGCGGAUAUGAGACACAGAGGGGGAAAAAGGAAAAUGUGAUGCUGAAUUUCCAUCGAAUUAAAAAAGAAAAGUUUCCAUCAAUUAGAUGACCACGUAGAAGUAGCCAUUGAUAAAGUGAGAAUGGAACACAGAGGGUCUUCAUUCAUCAACUCAUGUGUGAAAGUCCCAGUGGACCCAUACAGCAGACAGCCAACACCCUCCUACGAACGUCCAACAAUGGACGGAGUCUCGAAACGCACCGAAGAGUACAAAAGUCGUCGAAUCAAUUUUGCGUCACCAUCCAGUCAUAGAGACUCAAAUCGCACUGACCCUGGGAGUUCGGACGAGAGUAAUGUAGAAAGUUUUAUUGAUUUCAUCGAGAGCAUUCCUGAUUACGGACAAAUUCAUCAUCUCUCAAAUGAGCAAUUUAGACAGAAGUUGGAUUACUUGAAGAGGAAACAGAGAUUGCUACUCCAGAACUUAACGAAUUGUUUGGGUGAGGAUAAUAGAACAAUUAAUAAUGGUGAUAAGAGGAGAGCUGAUGAUGAAAAGACUUUGGACUCUCUUGGAGUCGAGAAAUUCAAAUGUGAUGAAAAGUGGAAGAAUCAUGAGAACAAUGAGCUGAAGUUGAUGGGGAAGAAGUGUCAUCUGGAGGACUCGAGGACUGAUAGUCCUGUUAUCUUUCGAUGUGGAAAUUUUGCCGGGUUGGCUGAGGACCAGGAUUUGCUUACUUACAGGUGCAAGAGUGAAGACAAGUCCAUGAAGACGUUCAGGAAUCGGGAGAUAUGCUCGGCAAAUGCUAAGAGCUGGAGCACAUGGAGUGAUUCUAAAAGCUCUGAUAGUGAUAAGGAUUAUUCAGAGAAUAGUAUUGAGACAAGAAGUUUACCACCAAACAGUCCUAGAAGAUGGGAAUCUAAAACUUCCAAGUUUCCUGUAAUUAAUUCACGAGAUAAUAACGCAAAAUUUAUAAGUGAGGUGGGCCUCCCACCCUCAGAUUUCCUUGACGACUCCAACAAAAUCAAAGGAUCAUCAAAAAAACGUCGAAUUCGUCCGAUUCCUCUUGCCUCCAGAAUCCCCCUGUAUGAUAAACUCCUGGCAGCUAAGGAAGAGCGGAGUAGAAUGAUUCGAGAAGAGUCCGCAUGGAGUCUCAUGUCUCAGGUGAAACCUUUCUACCUCGAAUGUGACCGUAGAGCAAUCAAGAGUAUGAGCAGAUCAACCCCAGAGCUACCAACAGGAAGAACAAAAUCUCCUAAAUUUAAAGCUAAACCAGUUCCUAAUCAUUUGUUCGGGACUCAAGUGUACGAUCGAAUGCUCGAGAACGAGUAUUUCAGGCAAUUACAAAAGAAGAUCAGAGCGGCUGAGCUGAUGAAAUCUUCUUCUUUACCUCCCUCGAUGGCUCGACGAGAGAGAAUUAAAUCGGCUUAUGUCCCGAGAAUGAGGAAUUGUGUGAAUCAAGAGAGUAAGAGGAGUGAGGAGAGUUUUAGAAUGUGUAGCACUACUCCGCUGACCUCUGAGCGGUCCAGAUCAGCUAUGACUGAUACUUCAGUAAGGGGAAAUAAUUUAGCGGCAAUUCUACGGUGCCAGGCCUCACGGGAAAAGUUAGAGAGAGAAAUUCAGGAGAAAUUGGAGGAACAAGCGAGGGCACAUGCAAUCAGGGUGAGGGAGUCUAUGACAGCCCGGAAACCAGCAUGGAGAGCUCUCAGACAUGCAACCAGGAAAGAACAUACAAGGGAUUUGGACUUCAGAGCUUCAUUACGAAGGGAUGAAUCUCGAGAACAGGCUGAACGUCAUCGUCUAGAAAUGGAGUUAAUGCUGAAUCGUGUGAGACAGAUUCCUACGCUCUUUGAACGUUAUUCUCAGAGUUUCCACGCAAUGAGACAAUUGCAGUCAUCUCGUUCGUACAACUUGGAGCGUCGAAAGAAGAAACGAAAAUCGAAAUCCAAUAUUUCGAGUAAUGCCAGCAGUGCCGCUGAUUCAAGAUCGGAUUCUGGCACAUUAACGAAUACAUCAAAAUCUUCUGAUUCGAUCAAAUCUCAUCGUUCUCACAUAAUUUGUAAUUCCCCCAUGAGCAAAAAGAAGACAGAACGAGGCCCUCUAAGGGUUUCUAUAAACGAAACUGCUGAGCUUAUUGGGGACGAUGAAUUGAGUAUUUCAUAGUUUCGCAAAUCAAUAACUGAAAUCGUAAAAGAACACAUUGAUUAUUCGGAUUCAUACUUCGUUAACAUCUCGCUUCACCAAUUCAUUAUCAAAAUUUCUUAUUGUUUCUCCACAUUCCUGUUAAUGAACUUAGGUCAAAUUAA